AUGGUUGAUUCGAUUAAACAAGCUCCUCCAUUACUCAGACGUUCAUCAAGUAAUUUAUCAAGAGCACCAACACCACCACCAAUUGAAGAUAAUCCAAUAUCAUUAAAAGUUUCAAAAGUAUUAACAAGACCAAUUGACGAUGUAAGGGUUAAAUCAGCAUUAGAAGCACUUUCUGAAUUUUAUAUGCCAAACUUAAUUGAUCAUCAUGGUCAUCAUGGUUUACGUGAAAAUAUUGAACAAAAAUCAAUUGAAAUUAAUCGAAACUUUCUACAAGUAUUUCAUAAAUUAACUGAGGUAUUAUUAAAGUAA